UGGGGGAAAUGAUUGCGAGAAAAGACCAGAAACCCCCUACUUUUUUCUGAAAAACCUUUUUUUUCUUCAACUUUCGAUUCUCCCCAUCUUUUAUAAAAUUUACUUUUUUUUUUGCCACCACUGCUUAAUCGACUAAUUUCUCGUGACAGACUUUUAUGUGUGGGAAAUUGACUGGAAAUUUGGGAAAAUGAAAUAUCAUUCGGCCACCGCGUGGUGUGGGGGGAUUUCCUCUCUUUAAUGAUUUCUAGGCUAAAAAAUUAAUAUUUAUUCUAAUGUGUUAUUAAUAGGUCUGGGAAAAAUAUAUCCGCAAAUUCGCUAAAUAUGCGCAUAAAAAGCCCAAGCACAGAAAAAGCCCAAAAUAUGCAAAAUUUCUCAAAAUAUGCACCGAUAUGCAAAUAUGCACGAGGGGGCCGAAGUAUGCAAAAAAUAUGUAUUAAAAAUCGGUUCCUAAAGCUGAGCCUGAAGUUGGCCUCAAAAAUUAACCCCGAAGACCUACAACCAAUUUUUAAAAGCUUCUAUUAUUAGGUCUAAUCCGCCAGGGCUGUGCAUCAUGGCGUUUGGCAUUUGGUGUCCAUUUUUAACCUAUUUGGCGCGCCACGCGAAAUUUUUGUUCACUGCCCGGAUAUCCUCAUACAAAACACAAAUUUGCAUGUUUUUCCCACCCCUAGUUAUUAAUUAUCCUAAUAAUAACAAUGUACUUUCUAUUUUUAUUUUUUGUUUUUUAACACACCCACGUGCCCCUAUUUUAAUUUUUAUUUACACAAACAUCUAUGGACAACUUUUAAAAAAAUUUGUCCUUUUAUAUCUUACGUUUUACUCUCAUUUCCGUAAAAUUUAAUAAUCAAUUAGUUUAAUUAGGCGAGAUCUUUUUAUCAAAUAAACUGAUAUAAAUUGUGUGUGUUUUAACAAUUUUAACCUUGAAAAACCUGGUUUUUUCUUUAAUUUAUUUUAAAGUAUAGAUUUUUUAAAAAUACUCUCGAUGAGUCCACCCCUGAAGAAUUACUGACCCUGAAGAUAUACAAUUUAAAGAGAAUAUCAAAAGGGAAAAUUGAGGGAUUUGGAGGGAUUACGGGGAUAUUAAAAGGGAACAUUGAGGGAUUUGGAGGGAUUUGG